AAGUGUUUGAGCCUGCUCAGACCAAAUUAAAAAUUAUAAUUCUGUCCCUCGUUGCAAACAUGGCUAGUGUUCAAUUGUCAACAGCAGCUGUAUUAAUCGUGCUCGCGAUCGCCUCGAUCGCCGGUACAUCGGUUGCUCAAGAUGAUCAAACUCCUGUAGUAAGAAUAGGAAGGUUGGGAUCUGUCAUGGGAACCAUGGGAGAGACGGCAUGGACUGGACGACCCAUCUAUAAGUUCUUCAACGUCAAGUACGCCGAGGCUCCGGUGGGACGAAACCGUUUCCGACCCCCGAGGAGCGUACGCCCAUGGACUGGUGUUAUGAAUGCUACAGUUCCUGGGCGUGCCUGCCCUCAGCGGCGCACUCUCUCUCAGGAUGACCCCGAUGCCGAGGAUUGUCUCACGCUUUCGAUCUAUUCUAACAACCUUACGGGUAAUCGUCCCGUCAUGCUCUACGUCCACGGAGGUGCCUUCGUGGUCGGAUCCGCUGAGCGAUUCGGACCUGAGUAUUUGCUCGAGAAGGACAUCGUCCUCGUCGUCAUACAGUAUCGCUUGGGUACGCUCGGAUUCCUGUCAACUGGAACCAAAUCUAUUCCCGGAAAUGCCGCCAUGUACGACGUAAUGGAGUCGCUUGAGUGGGUAUCCCGACACAUUCGUAGCUUCGGUGGAAACCCACGAGAAGUAACUAUCUUCGGUGAGUCUGCCGGAGGACAUGCAGUUUCCGCUAUGCUCCAUAGCCCCCGUGUUCGCGAGGGACUCUUCAAACGUGCCAUCAUUCAGUCCGGUACCUUGUUCAUGCCCUGGGUCAUCUGUCAGGAUCCUACCGAGGGCGCAUACGAGAUCGCUAGCAUCAUCGGUUGUAACAUGACAACUCCUGCCGAGAUCGACAGAUGUCUCAAGAACGCAUCGGUCCGCGAUUUGGUUUUGGCGCAAGACGAACAUAAGAAAAAUGAGUUCAGCUCUCCAGGAUAUCCCAAAGUUGCUGGAGCUUGCAUCACCGUCGGUGGAGCUUACGGAAACCAGAGCUUCAUGCCCGUUCAUCCCAGAGAGUCUACCUACUUCCGGGAUGUUGAGAUCAUCUUCGGAAUGAACUCCCAGGAGGGUCUCAUCUUCUUCAACGAGUACUUCCGCUACGCCCUGAAUUCUCAACCCAUCGAGUUCGACUCUCACUGGGACUUCCUGGAGUUUCUCAAGACCGUUAAUAUCAAGUUUGGAUCUGGUGCGUUCGUCGAUGCCGUUGUUGGCUAUGAGCUCUUAUCCAAAGCCACUUGGGAGGAAAUGGAUCGUGCUAACUUCUCGGAGAUAGUUCCUCUGUUCAUUGAUGUUGCUGGAAACUUGGCCCUCAAAUACGGAUCCGUCGAGGAGGCUAAUCGAUUCGCUAGAGCGCUUCCCGGGCAAGUCUACCUCUACAACUUUGACUACGUUGGGCCGCCGUCUCCUGUUACCCCCGGAUUUCCGUACGAUUUCCCCAACACAGUCGGUCAUGGCGAUGAGCUCAAGUUCUUGUUCCCCAUGUCGAACGUACUGAACGAAGAGCACACCCAAAUGGCUAAGAUCAUGGUGGGUCUGUGGACGUCCUUUGCGAUCACUGGCAAGCCUCAGGCUGAUAACGUCAUGCCAUGGCCAACUGUAUCGAGACCAUUUGGACCGUAUUUCCGACUCGUCAACCCGCCAGAACAGAAAGAAUAUUUUGUCAAUGAGUUAACGAACAGUGUGGAGAAAGCCAGAGGACCGCGAAAGCCAUCCUCUUCCUCGCAGACUUCUGCGUUGCUAGCGCACUGUAAUGAUCUUCUCUUAAAACGGAGUAAUGUUAACUGACCAUUAACACUGACCUAACUUUGCUAAUCUUCUUGUAAUACAGACGUGAUAGCAAAAUAUACUUAUUCGCAAGCAUCCUA